AUGUCCGACACGGCCCUUCCUGAACCAACUGCGCUCCCUGCGCUAUCCGAUGCGCCUCCAUCUAGUGCCGGUCGCUCCUCCGGCACGGGAGCCGUCGACCAGCCCCCGCCACAGGCUGCAAUUUCCGAUGAGCUCAAGGCUCGUCUGGACAAAGUGAUAUACUCCGAGAGUCAUGCCCCUUAUGCUAACGGUGUGGUGUUUCGCAUGCAGAUCGGUAUCACCACUCUCCUGGCUCGAUUGAAGCAGAGCGUGGCCUCUGCUAGGGAUUUCUCAUCCUUCCUGAAGAAACGAGGCUCUCUUGAGGAGGAACAUGCUCAGGGGUUGCGGAAGCUAUCUCGUGCCGUUAAUGAUGCUGCGCAACGAACCGAGAACCGACAGGGCACUUACAGCUCCAGCUAUAAAGAUAUACACCGCCUGCAAGAGCGCAUGGCUGAUCAUGGCCUGCAAUUCUCCGUUUCUCUCCAGCAGAUGGCCGAUGACCUGCACGAGCUGUCAACUAAUAUCGAACGUGGUCGCAAGCAGUGGAAACAGACUGGAUUAGCCGCGGAGAAAAAGGUCAUUGAUGCUGAAUCCCAGGCUGAAAAGGCAAAGGCCAAAUACGAGUCAUUGGCAGAGCAGUAUGAUCGUGUUCGAACGGGUGAUAAGACUGGUGGAAAGUUUGGCUUGAAGGGUCACAAGUCGGCGGCUCAGCAUGAAGAGGAUCUUUUGCGCAAGGUCCAGAAUGCUGAUAGUGACUAUGCAUCCAAGGUUCUAGCGGCUCAGGCCGCGCGCAAGGAAUUGGUGUCUACCCAUCGUCCACAGGCAGUGCAUAACCUUCAGCAGUUGAUUGCAGAGUGUGACUCGGGGUUGACCCUGCAACAGCAAAAGUUUGCUACCUUCAGCGAGAAGCUGCUCCUUGGACAGGGUCUCUGUGUCAGUCCUAUGAAGACGGAGAAUGGAGCCCUUGUUCCGAAGAGUCUGGCCGAGGUGGUGCGCCAGGUUGAUAAUCAGAAGGAUUUCCAUGACUUUAUCCUCGGUCACGAGGGGAACCCCGGCGCCGUCAGCGGGCCAGAGGUCCAAUAUGAGCGCCAUCCAACCCUAGGCGGCGGCGCAGCCGCAGCACCAGCCGCAGGACCGCCGUCCCAAACCAGCACACAAGCUAAACGACAAUCUACCUUGCCCCCGACCUUCUCUCAAUCCAACAUCGCUUCUCCUGCUAGUCAACCACCCCAGAGUAGCACAGAUCGUUUCCAACCACUUCCAUACCCAACCCAGGGAGAGCCUAUCUCGGCACCUCCUUCACAACCUCCUUACCCUGUCUCUGGUCCUCCUGCUCACGAACCUGCACCAGCUCCAGUUCACGCUCCCGCGCCCAUGAUGGGUGGCUCCGCUCCACUGAUGCAGGGUCCCCCUCCGAUGGACCGGGCUGCUCUGCAGUCCAGCCUGCCGCCGCUGAAGCCCGUGUUCGGCGUGACCUUGAAUGAGCUGUAUGCUCGUGAUGGAACCGCGGUGCCUUUCAUCGUCUACCAGUGCUUCCAGGCCGUGGAGCUGUAUGGUCUCGAGACCGAGGGCAUCUACCGACUCUCCGGUAGCGCCAACCACAUCAACCAUAUGAAGGCGGUCUUCGACAACGAUGCCUCCAAGGUUGACUUUACCAGCCCGGAGAACUUCUACCACGAUGUCAAUAGUGUUGCAGGCCUGGUGAAGCAGUUCUUCCGUGACUUGCCCGAGCCGCUGUUCACGUCGCAGUUCUACUCCCAGUUCAUUGAUGCUGCUCGCAUCGAGGACGAUACCCAGCGCCGUGACUCGUGCCACGCGCUCAUCAACAGUCUGCCAGACGCCCACUACGCUACUCUGCGGGCAGUGAUCCUGCAUCUUAACAAGGUGCAGGAGCACUACACUUCGAACCGGAUGAACGCCGGCAACCUGGCCAUCUGCUUCGGACCGACUCUGAUGGGCGCCAACUCGGGCGGCAACAUCGCCGACGCCGGCUGGCAAGUUCGAGUGAUCGAAACGAUCCUCAACAACACCUUCCAGAUCUUCGAUGAUGACUAG